CGGGAGCAAUGAUUGGGUUCUUGGUAUGUGGCCAUGCCAAGCCCUCCCCCGCGCUCUAAUUCGCCGAGCAGGGCUUGUACAUGGAGCCUCGGACGUUCAGUCCCCGGAACGGCAAACGUUACGCGCGAGUUUUGGGUUGCACAGAUGUCGCAGUCACCAUGGUUCUCUUGUUCGAGGGAGAAAAUGGCGAAGACGAGAGCGAAAAUGCAGAGGAAGUAGAAUGGCAGGACAUCAUCGGUGUCUGGAAACUUCUCUAGUUGUGGUCCUUGUGUACAGUACAAAUUCGAGGUUUGCGAUAAUUCUAAUCCUGGCUCCAUUCUCGUGACCGUGAAUUUUUGUUGCUGUGUGUUUUGUUGGCUACUCUAUCGACAUCGCCCACCAUGCCUCCACCCAAAUCCAAGGGCGGCAAAAUGCUAGGUCUCAUAAAUUGGCGCUUGAAGGUCACGAUCAACGAUGGCCGUACUCUAACGGGACAGAUGCUCGCCUUUGAUCGUCAUAUGAACCUCGUAUUGGCGGACUGCGAAGAGUUUCGCCGUAUCCGCCCCAAGAAAAAACAAGGAGAGGAGACGCCUCCAGAGCAGGUGUUGAAACGCACCUUGGGUCUUGUGAUCCUUCGAGGCGAGACCGUAGUGAGCAUGAGUGUCGAGGGUCCUCCUCCUGUUGUGGAGGACGAUAAAAAGAACGCGCUGCCCGCUGGUCCUGGUCGGGGUAUGCCAGCUGGGCGGGGCAUGGGCAUGAUGCCACCCAUGGGGAUGCCCCCGGCAGGACGUGGCAUGCCGUUCCCGCCUCCAGGAAUGCCUGGUCCUCCUCCUGGGUUUAGACCUCCAGGUUUCCCGUCAGGAAUGCCAUUUGCUCCUCCUCCCGGGUUUGCUGGUCCCCCUCCAGGAUUCCAGCCUCCACCUCAAUAAUGUCCUCCGUUUUCCCAUGAUUCCAAUACUGUUGUAUCUUGCACGCAUCUCGAAUGCAUAUGUACAUUUUUUGCAACGCACGAAACACGCAUAAGCUGUUGGUACUGUUGUGAUACACGCAUCUACUGCAAUUUUUGGAUGUAAUCUGGUGAUCAUGGGCAGUUGUUUCUCGGCUACUUUUGGCUGGCAGCCGCAUUGUUUCCGACGCAUGUCUGAAGGCCGAUUGUUCUGUCAAGGAGCUGCUCGUUAGUCCCCAUGCGACGGACGAUGCCGAUACGUGAUGCUCAUGUUCGGUCUUCCCCGUCUCUCUGGACCUACGUGUGGUGUCACCGCUGUGCUGGUUGGACACUGACAUUUGUGGAAGGUUGCGGGAUCGGGUCUAGUGCGCUGAUGGACGUUGCGUCUUCCUUUCCACGGCAUGUGUGGAUCGCCCAUUCUCACGGAGUGGUAUCUUUGUGAAGAGAGAUAGAAGAUGCACAGUUGCCAGUCACUCCACUAGACUGGGAAUAAACUCUGUUGCCUGAUUACAGUACGCCACAAACAGUGGGGUUCCUGCAGAGUUAUCCCUGAUUCAGUAGAAUGCGCUGAUGGGGGCGCUGAGUCAUGGGACGUGGG